AUGGCUACAACUGCAUCAUCUGCAUCCAAGCUAGAGGCUUCCGAGUAUGUGGGGCCAAAUUUGAAUGUCACAUUGACAUGUCCCGAAUGUAAGAUCUUUCCACCGGACUUGAUUGAACGUUUUAGUGAAGGAGAUAUUGUAUGUGGUAGUUGUGGGUUGGUUUUGAGCGACCGAAUGGUUGAUACUAGGUCAGAAUGGAGAACGUUUAGUAAUGAUGAUCAAAACGGUGACGAUCCUUCUCGUGUCGGAGAUGCCGGCAAUCCUUUAUUGGACACUGAGGAUUUGUCAACUAUGAUUUCAUAUGUGCCCGACAACACUAAAGCUGGCAGGGAACUUACUAGAGCCCAGCAGAAAUCUUUGGUUGACAAGAAAGACAAUGCAUUAGCAGCUGCUUAUGUGAAGAUUUCUCAAAUGUGUGAUGGUUACCAGUUGCCCAAGAUUGUGCAAGAUGGUGCCAAGGAAGUUUACAAGAUGGUUUAUGAAGAAAAGUCAUUGAGAGGUAAAUCUCAGGAGUCUAUUAUGGCCGCUUCCAUUUUCAUUGGAUGCAGAAAAGCCAAAGUGGCUCGACUGUUUAAAGAGAUUUGGGCAUUGACUAAUGUGCCAAAGAAGGAAAUUGGCAAAGUUUUCCGGAUCAUGGAUAGGAUAAUCCAAGAAAACCAUGCAGCUAAUCCACAAACCGCGGCAUACUAUAGCCACGAGAAUAUACAAACUACUCAAACUUCUGCAGAGGAUUUGAUCAGAAGAUUUUGUUCGCACCUUGGUCUUAACACGCAAGUGACAAAUGCAGCCGAGCAUAUUGCGAGAAGAGCUAAGGAAGUUGGUGUCUUGGCAGGAAGAUCACCUACUACCAUCGCCGCAACUGUCAUUUACAUGGCGUGUAUGGUGUUUGGAAUCGAUAUGCCUCCAUCAAAGAUCUCUGAUAAAACAGGUGUUAGUGAUGGUACCAUCAAAACUUCACACAAGUAUUUGUAUGAAGCUAGGGACAAGUUGAUUGAUCCGUACUGGGUCGAGUCAGGCAAGGUGAAGUUGGAAAACGUUUCUAAAUCAUAG